UUUCAUCAGAGAGAGAGAGAGAGGGGAGAAAGGGGUUGCCUUUGCCUUCAAACAAAAAUAUCAAAAUCCCCGACAAAUAGAGCGAAUUUUGAUCAUAGAAAGAGAGUAGAGGGAUUAUUCUACUCGAUUUUUUUCUGGGCUUUCCCUUUUUAAAAUUUUUUUUUUCUUUGUUUGAUUGAAUCAGUGCUUAUAUAUUCUUAAUUAUAUUGGAGAGAUUGAUCGAGGCUUUGGAUUUCCCAAUCUCGAUCUCGUUCCUUCUUUUCUUCUCAUAAGUCCCUCGAUUAGGGUUUCUUUUUUUUUUUGUUCCUUUUCAUUAGUAUUCACGAGAUUUCAAGAUUUUGGACUGGCUCUAGUGGUUCUAGAUGAACCCUCUUCAGGGAUUUUUCUAGAAGUUUCGAAAUCGAGACCGAAAGCUUAGAGCUUGUCCAACAUUGGAAACAGGCUAUUGGGAAUUUUAGGCUGUUUCUGUUUAUGGUAACUAUUCUGUGUUUGAGCAUGGAAGAGGACUGCUGCUUACACUGAAUUCUCAUCGGUUUUUGCACAGUAACAGGAGAGUGAUCGGCCUUGUUGGUUUACUGGAAUUAGGUCUCUUCUCGGAUUCAGAUCGUGGGAUUUCUUCGGAAAACUAGAAGAAGUUGAGAAUUUUCUACGGAAUUUAAGAAUAUUUUUGGUGAUCCUUUGAGUUUUGAGGAGCUUUAGGUGAUGGGUUUUGACACAAUGGAGUAGUUCUGAUACGGGAAAUGAUUUUGAGGACAUGGUUGAUGAGAAGGAGAGAGUUCGGUGGUCGGUUCCCGAACUGGAACAGCUUUUUUAUUGGAAACAACUGAAGUCAUUGGCUGAACUUGGGAUAGCUUUGUGCGAUGUCUCGGUGCUUCCCUUAUCCUCCACCAGGAUUUGAAAAGAAGGCCAGGAACAAUCAGUCGUCGGAUUUAUUAGCAAAGGAGAAGCAGAAAGAGAGAAAACAUAAAAAGGAGAAGAGGGACAAAGAAAAGAAAGAGGGUAAAGAAAAGAAGCAUAAAGACAAGAACAAAGACAAACACAAAGAGAAGAAAGAUCGAAAGGAAAGGCACAGGGACAAGAAAAGGGACAAGGAAAAGAACAAAACAUCGGAUGGCAAAAGAAUUGAAAGAUGGGCUAGUGAUCAUAAUCAGCAGAAAGAUGAAAAAGGGGAAGCUGACCAAAUGCUUGAAAAUGCUACUGGGGUUGUCAUCUCCAAGGCUGAGGAAGCUAAUAAUUCCAAGUAUAUGGAGGAAUUGGACAGAAGGAUUGAAAUUGAGAAGAAAGCGGCAGCUAACAGGAUGCUUGAGAACAGUACUUGUUCAAUUCCAAAAAGGGUUGAAGGCUUGGGCAUCUCAAUUAGUAAAGAACAAAGGAAACCUGAUGGAGUUAGUCAACCAAUGGAGAAGGCUAACCAUAGACAUCAGUUGUCAAAAAACCACCAAGGGUUGCCCAAUGGAAACCAAAUGGUUACAAAAUUUAGCAAAGAACAAAGAAGACCUGAUGCACUUGGACAACCAGUUGAUAAAGGUAACUAUAACCACCAAAGUUUGCCUAAUAGAAAUCCGAUGGUUCCAAAUUUCAGCAAAGAGCAAGGAAGAGUUAAUGGGGUCAUCAAACCAGUGGAGAUGUUUAACCAAAAGCAUCAAGCUUUGCCCCACCGAACCCCGGCGGUUUCGAACUUCAUUAAUACUGAAAAAAGAAGAGUUGAUGAGAUUCCUCAAGCAGAGGACAAGGUCAAUUUUAACCAUCAUGCCUUGCUCCAAACUCCAGCAGAGAAAGAUGAGGUCAGAAGCAUUGAAAGGAAAGAGAAGGGAAAAGAUGGGGACCUGGAUAGAGAAAGAGAAGAGAAGAAAAAGAAAAGGAAGGAGAAAAACCGAGAUAAAGAGAAGGAAAAGGAAGAGAAGAAGAAGAGAAAGAAGGGAAGUGGUGAAGACAGUCAGAAAGAAAAUCAUACACGAAAAGAUACUGUAAGGGAUCAAGUAAAUAGUCUAAAUCUCAAGCCCCGAGCCCCUGAGAAUAGCAUCGAGAAUUUUGAUGGUAACUAUGGAAAUAGCAAGAAGAGGAAGGAAAUAGAGAUGAAUGGUUUUCUGCAUGAAUAUGAAGUGCCACCUAAUAAGCUUCUGAGACCUGCAUCUUCCUCUAAUCAGCAAAAUGGAAAGACAUUUGAGUUUCAUCAUAUUCAUACAGCUUCACCUUCAAUUAGGCAUAUGACCCCAAAUAACGUUAAAGCUGAAAAAGUACUGAAUAAUAAGGAACACAAAACUAAUGUUAGUUUAGUAGCUCGGCCAUCCCCAGCUGAUUCAAGGCCUUCACUUGCUGCUCCAAAGACUGGCGCAAUAAAUGGUACUGCAGCGGCACAGCCGCCAAUAGCUGAUUUGAGGCCAGAAAUUACAAAUGGCAUUGCAGUAGCUGAGCCAUCUCCAGCUGAUUCAAAACCUCUACUUCAUGUAAACAAUACCAUAAAGAGCAAUAAAGUCUUCACUAAACCAUCUCAUCCAGAUUCCAAGUUUCUCGAACGAGUAUAUUCCAUUCCCAAAAUCGAGCAAUUGCCUGAAUUCGACGAGCAAGAGUGGCUAUUUGGCGGUGAUAGCCGUCAGUCGAAGCCUAUGGAAGAGAUCGAAGCCAAAGAAACACCUGAAGUUUGGGCUCAGGGGCUGAAGAUCGAGUCAGCGGAUGUUUUCGCUUUGCCUUAUGUGAUCCCUUACUGAUAUAACAUCAAUAGUUUGCCUGUUUUAUUGAUUAGAUCUCUUCUUUUAAAUGGAUGUGUUGUAUGGUCCAAAAUGUUCGAUUGCUUUGAUGAUUUGAAUGGAACUUAGUUUCAUUUGA